AUGACGCCGCUGCUGCUGCUGCUGCUGUUCGCCGGGACGCGAGGCCUACUGCAGCGCGCCGUGCGGGCGUCCAGGGAACUAGCCGACCCGCGCUGCCGGGCAGACGUGCUGGAGUACCUCGCCGAGCUGCAAGACUUCCGCCUGUGGGCCGUGCGCAUGUUCGACUCGUCGGCCAAAUUUCCCGACAGCAUCACGUCCGGCGCGAUUUACCAUCUGGGCAACUUCGACGCGUGUCUGGACGUCGACAAUGGGAACGGCAUUCGAGGUCGCUAUUGUCUGGCCAGGGUCCAGUUCCAGCCGAAAAACCCGGUCGUCGGGGCAGGAUCAGCUUGGGACAAGCUCAAGGCGCCGAGCAGCAGGCUGCAGGUGCGGAGGGACGUGUUCCGCGCGGCCGUGUGCGUGCCUGCGGCGUGCGGCGCGCCGGGCACGGCCUCCUGGCUGCGCGCACUGCUCGCCGCGGCGCCGGAGCUGAACAGGCACGUGGAGGUCCAGGUGGCCGUGCCCGAGGCCGCCUGCUGCUCCCAGGAGGAGGUCGACACUGGCGUCCCAGCGCCCGCCGCCGCCUGGAUUGCUGUCAUCGUUCUGCUGUCGAUAAUAGCGUUGUCUACAGCUUACGACAACAUGAGCCCUAAGCUUGAUGUGCACAACGGGCAGGGAGGAAGAACAGGCGUGGGCUGGAGAACGAGCUUCUCGCUGACGCGCCACUGGGGGACGCUAUCAGAGCCGCCCACGAGAGACGCGCACCUGCACCUCGCGUGCCUGGACGGGCUGCGCGUCGCGGCGCUGCUAGUCGUCGUGGUGGGGCACCGCGGCGCAGAGACCAUGACCGGGCCCGUCCUCAACGGCGACGCCAUAGAGCAGCACUUCGAGAACUUCGGGCAGGCGCUCAUCAUGAACGGCCACCUGGUGGUCGACACGUUCUUCACCAUCAGCGGCUACCUGCUGUGCUGGGCCUGCCUCAACGCCGGGCGUCGCGACGCCGGUCUCCUGCUCGCGUGCGCCAACCGCUACGUGAGACUCAUUCCAGCACUGAUGACAGUCGUGGCGUUUGAAGCAUUCUUCUUGUUUAACUUGUACUCUGGGCCUUUGUGGAAGGAGAGCAUUGGCAGCGAGGUGGAGAACUGUCGGAGCAACUGGUGGACGAACGCACUGCUCGUCAACAACUACGUUCACCAACAGUCACCCUGUGUUGAUACAGCGUGGUACGUGGCUUGCGAUUUCCAAUUGUUCAUCGUUUCGUGCGCGCUGCUCAAGUUCGUGAAGAGGAUGAAGGAGUACGGUUUUAUGUUACUUCUGGGAGCCGUCGUAUGCUCCGUAGCAGUGACCGCAACACUGACCUACGUACGGGACCUGGAUCCCACCAUGAUUCCAGAUCAGUCUAUUCUUGAGCACAAUUACAAUGAUACCUACUUAACAACAUACAUAACAGCAUACUGCAGGAGUGGGCCCUAUUUUGUUGGCAUGCUCUUCGCCUAUUGGUUGUUUGUCAUGAAGACCAAGAAACUUGAAAUUCACAAGGUGGUGGUUCGUUUGGGUUGGAUUAUAUGUCCUUUAGUGGCUGUACUAGUAAUCGCAGCAGGAAUUUUGUUCUACCUCCCGAUAAAUAUCAACAAAUUACUUAUCGCUACAUAUGCUGGUCUACACAGACCCCUUUUUGGAAUGUGCAUUGCUUUUAUCAUCACUGCAUGUGCCAUGGGAAACGGAGGGGUCGUCGCCAAGGUGCUGGAGUGGAAGGCGUUCCGUCCGUUCAGCCGCCUCACGUACUGCGUCUACCUGGUCCACUACACCGUGCAGAUGGUGCGAACCGCCAGCCUCAGGACACCCAAGUUCGUCAGCGAUUUCGAUGUGAUCUGUGAUGCCAUACCAGACAUAGUAUUGUCUUUAUGUUUUGCUUUGCUUUUAUUUUUGGCUGCAGAACAACCAGCAAUUUCAUUGUGGAAUGAAAUAAUUUCUGCAAAGACAUCUGAUUCCGAACAGUCAGAUGAAUCUGUCCACCGAUCUAGAAAAGCCAAGCGAGAGAACUAUUUUGUUAUUAUUUCGGAAUAUUUUUCUGCAGUAUUGCCAGGAACUUCAAAUUAUAGUGAAAAAGAAAAGUUAAAAUAAAAUAAUUUCUUUUUAACAUUUUUGUCGUAACAAAAUUGCUAAACAUGUAUAAAUGAAAUAAGUAUCAACACCUUUUUUUCCCUGUUACCUAACUUCCUUAUGGGUUGUAAUGCGAAGUUCAUUGCCAUGCACAUUAAAAUGUAAUAUGCCAGGCUGCCAGCAACACGAGAGCUUAUAUAGCAUACCAGCCACAGCACACUCAAGUAGAUUCCAAUUUAAGUUUAGCUAACAUACCAAUGUUGCCCUUAUAUGCUAAGGUAGUUAGAGGGUAUUAAAAUUUUAAUUUUGUUCCAUUCAUGUAAUCCAUCUUCUUUGAUUGGACAUUAUUAUAUCAAAAUACUUGUAACUUGUAUGUUUAAAAAGCAAUAUAUUCUUGCAAUCAA